AUGGAAGCAUCCGAACAGUUAAUCUUGAUUGACCUAGGGUGGGACUUCUACAUAGUUAAAUUUAGCUUAGAGGAAAGCAUGGUUAAGGCUCUACACAUAGGAUCUUGGUUCAUUUCUGGAAACUUCCUAUUCGUACGUAAAUGGGAACCAAAAUUUGUUCCUCAAGAAGCCACCCUCACUUCUACUGCCAUCUGGAUCCGAUUACCUCAACUACCUACAGAAUUCUAUGACAAGGAUAUCUUAGAAAAAGUUGGGAGGAAAGUGGGCAAACUUCUCAAUAUAGACCAAUUUACAUCCUCUACCCUAAGGGGAAGAUAUGCACGCAUCUGUAUCCAAGUUCCACUGAAAACCCCAGUAGAAACAUCAGUAAUAAUAGGAGACCAUAAGCAGGCUGUGAUCUAUGAAGGAGAGGGAACCCUAUGCACCAUUUGUGGCAGAAUAGGUCACACUGCACUUAACUGCAACUAUAGGACACAAACACCCACAACAACCCAAGAACCACAAGACGAUCAUCAAGAGAAACCAGUCAUUUCGGAGGAAAGUGAAUGGGAAACUGUCAUCUUCCCACGAAGACGUAAGCAGGGACAAGCAAAAAGAAUAAACAAAGAUGAAGGUAAAAUGAACAAACCACAUCAUGCUUCACAGAAGGAAGAGAUACGGGGGCAGGGUCUAUCCUACGAUUUCACCCUAGGAAAAUCAGAGGGUGACACUGAUAGUGCAAAACCCAGCCCACCUAGCCAGGGUAACGGUGGAAGCAAUGAACAAGGCAUUGGUGGCCUUUGGACCUCUCCUAUGGCAAUCGAUGGUCAACAGCGAUAG